UUAAGUUGUAUUUCAGAUACCUUAUUUAAAUUAGAUAUCUUAAUUUAAAUACAUAUAUAAACUACAAGUGUUAUAGACAUGUGAUAAUCAAGAAUAAGUGAAAAAAUGAUAAUCUUACUGGAAAAUUAUUACAUUUCUUUGGUCUAAUAACGAAGUAUAACACCAGACAUGGAGAAUUUAGGAAUUCAAAAACUAAAUUCAUUGACUCAAUCAGACAUAAAAAAUGAAAGUAAAACAGAAAAUGUUCGACGGAUCAUUGAUAUAACACGUGACAAACCAAUUAAGGUUUCUAUUAAAGUUGCAGUACCUGCUAGAGACCAUCCAAAGUUCAAUUUUGUUGGAAAAUUAUUGGGCCCAAAAGGAAAUUCAUUAAAAAGAUUACAAGAAGAAACAAUCACAAAAAUGGCAAUUCUUGGGAGAGGAUCUAUGCGAGACAGAAGCAAGGAAGAAAAGUUACGCAAUUCUGGUGAUUCAAAAUUUUCACAUCUUAAAGAUGAUUUACACAUAGAAAUAACUGCUUUUGCACCAGCUGCAGAAGCACAUGCUCGUAUAGCAUUUGCACUGACAGAAGUUCGACGAUUUUUAGUACCGGAUUAUAAUGAUGAAAUUCGUCAAGAGCAAAUGUGGGAAAUGCAAGUAAUGCAGACAAAUGGUAAUUCAUGCGAUGCGACAGAUUCAGAUACUGGAGAAAGUGGAUUAUCAUUACAUUCUGUAGAUGAUAAUGGGCUUAAUUUCUGUACCUCUCAUUCGAUUAGUGAUUACUCGCCUGUACAUACUAAACGUAAUACUGACCAAACAAUUAUCAAAUGUUCAGAAACUGCAGGACGAAAACGGCCUUUAAUUGUUGGAGAAUGUACCAAAAUAACAACAAAUCCGUCAAAAAGAUCUGUAAUGGCAAUACUAGCAAGAGCGAGAGCUACUCAACUACACCGUAAAGAAAUUGUUGCCUUUUCACCUCAUUUUAAUGGGGUAGUUUGAAUGAGUGUGAAAUUACUAUACAAACAGGGAAAAAUCAUUCAUCAUAUAAAAUAAUUAGAGCGUUUGAAUUCAAGUAGGUUAUUUCUAUUUAAUAUUUUAAAUAGAAAUAAUAAGUGCAUUAAACCCAUCAGUGAAUUAAUGCACUGAUGGAGUAUGGUAUAAUUUUAAUAAUUUUUUUCUGAAGUUAAACUGUACAAAAUUACUGUGAACAAUUAAUUAAGAUUAUAGACAUUUAAUAUUUUAUGUACUUGUAGUAAUUUGUAGAGUAGUUUGAAUUUUGGUAGUGAAAUACAAGCUGUUUCUAUUUGAAUCGCUUAGAAUGUAACAAUGUUUUACCUAACAAUAAAAUUGUGCAAAAUAAUAGUAUAUAAACAUUAUAUAUAUAUAAGAACAUAAUUCUUUUUUACGUGCUGUUAUAUGAAAAACGAAAACUUUGAAUUUGAUUACUUCGAAAUUAGGAAAUAUCAUUAAUAUCCCUAUAAACGACACCAUUUAGAUAAUUUAAUUCAAAACAUUAAUUGUUUAAUAUUUAGUUAUUUUAAAUGUAUUCAUCUAUACUUUAAACAAUAGUUAAUCUAAAAAAUCAUUUAUAUAUUAUUUAAUAUUUGUGUCAUUUAUUUUGGAUGAAAUUAAACAUUUCAUGAAAAAAAUUUAUUUAAAUGUUUAAGACAGUAAAUAAUAGUACUAUAAUUGCAACAAAGGCAUAAAAAAUAUACAGAGUGUUCAGUA